AUCUCGUUAAGACCCGAUAAAAUGAUUGGAUGCGUGUCGCGCGAACCCCAUAAGUUCCGGCGACAGUACGCAAAUCGGUUCAGUCGACAACCGAGCAUCGUCGCUUGUCAAUUGUUUCAGACCACGCGGUCGGUAAUCGCCUCCUUGAUUUUUUACCCCCGACUAUCACCUUCCCUACCCAUAACAUCGCUCCUUCGCCUUUUUUUCAAGUCACCCCCCAUAUACCCUAGCCCACUCAGCCCUUUCACCAUUCUUUCAAAAACUCACGAUAAACCCCAAUAUAAUGACUUAGUGCCAUAAGUUAGUGUCUUUUACUCGCAUUUCAACAUGGAGGACAAUAAUUCGAAGAUAACCAUGAACGGUUGUGACAAUGUUGCGUUUACCUUGCAAGAAGGGAGUUUUUUGAAGAACGGGAGUAGCGUAGGAAGUUUCCAACAGGAACCUAAAAGGAAGAGAUCGAUAAUACAAUGGACUAGAGAGGCUCUACCGCGUUUAGAAAAUUAUAGGAAUUCCAAGAAGGCAUUGAAGAGGCCUAGCUUAGGGGAGCUGCAUGGUGGUAGUGAUUUCAGUGGGGUAAGUAUUUGGUUUUGA